UAAUAUUUCUGAUAGAUGAUAUAUAUAUAUAUCGUGACUAAUCAGGCAUUAAGAUUACUCAGAAAAAAGGACAUCACUGCACAUUGUUAACGCGAUAGUACGAGAAAAAAAUAGGUAAUCUAGCCAUGUCAUCAUUACUACUAUCAUAAUAUGAGUAAAUUUUAUAAUACUAAUCUUUUUCUCGGUAAUGUAAUCAUUCGAAUUUCCCACCCUUCUCUCAUUCAUAGCUUCGCCAAUCAGUGCAUUACAUAUGAUUCUCGAACGAUAUGCUGACUAUAUAAAUAUAUACAAAGAAUUUAAAAGAUAUCAAAAAACAAAUACAUAUACAGCUCGGUAAUUAUAUAUUGCAGAGAUUAAAAAAAACAUAUUUGUGUUAUAAAAAAUAAUCGAAAUUAUCGAUGAAGAACUAGAGUCAAGAGUAUUGCGUUCUUUUCUGCUUUUUUUUAUACACUUGAGUAAUUCUUAUCAUAUCGAAUCAUUGUGUGUGUAUUGUGUGUAACUAUGAGAGUAUGUAAACGUGCGUCAGAGAGUAGUGAUUAAUGCUAAAGCAAGCAAGUUAGAAGUUUCUUUGUAUGGUAUAAGCAUUCCAAUGAUGCAGACAAGAAGACAUAUCAAAAGAGUCUUCGAUAUGGAAGAGAAAUGUGAUGGACAUAUGCGAUUGCUGGUAUAACAGUUACGGCAAAUGCGAGCCUCAUAAACACGUCGCCAUGAUGGUUCAGCAACGCCAUAAUGCUGCUAUGCGACGUCCCAUUCUCCGUAGAGUAAACACUCGCUCUUACUUACUUUUAAUCCGCACUAACGAGAUGCCUAAGGGAUAAGAAUUGUUAACUUUGAAAUUUUUGGAAAAAGAAUAGGUACAUCGACAAUAAUCAUCUCGAUAAUCGAUUGUGGUGAGUAAAGGCAAAAGUAUUCAUCGACAGUAAUACUCUUUCUCUCUUUACUGACGAGUGAAAGUACUCUGUUUUUAAUUUCCUUAGAAAUACCCUUGUCUUUUGCUGUGCAAAUAAGCGGGAGGGAGCUAUAGAAAAAAAGAGAGAUAGGAAAAGGAAGGGAAAAGAAAAAAGCAAAGAAAGAGCGAGAGAGAGAGAGAAAGAGAGAUAGAUAGAGAAAAGAAAGAAAGAAAUAAAGAGAGAGAAAGAGAAGUAGUGAAGGAGAGAGUGAGUAAGAAUGAUUGGAAGGGCGGGAGGAAAAAAAAAGUGAGAAUGCUGUGAAGCGGAUAAUAUUAUAUCGAUGUGAAAUUUACUUAGGUGAUUAUCAAGUUCGUAAGAAUCAUCAUUGCGCCAUUAAAUCAACUCUAAACUCGAACGCGUUAAAAAUCGAUACGCGGUUCCAGCCGCCUUUUACUUAUUUUGCGAUGGCGAAAGCGUGGCGUCGAUUUAGUCCUAGUAGGAGAGAGAUUUAGUAAAAACAAUGAUGCUGAAUCGGUAGCGUUAGAUACAUCAUAGUUAGGAGAAAGAAUUAAAUAAAAAGCCACUAGCCUAAUUAAUAUCUAAAUAUUUUCAACAUGGAUGAUGAGGAAGGUGCAUCAAGUUCCGGACCUAUGUCUUCAUUAAACAGUUUGUUUUCUUUCACUAGUCCAGCUGUGAAAAAAUUGCUUGGCUGGAAACAAGGAGAUGAAGAAGAAAAAUGGGCAGAGAAGGCAGUCGAUUCUUUAGUAAAGAAAUUGAAAAAAAGGAAAGGUGCUAUAGAGGAAUUGGAACGGGCCUUAAGUUGUCCUGGCACACCCAGCAAAUGUGUAACAAUACCAAGAAGCUUAGAUGGUAGAUUACAAGUAUCUCAUCGCAAAGGAUUACCGCAUGUAAUUUAUUGUCGGGUAUGGAGAUGGCCAGAUUUACAAUCUCAUCAUGAAUUGAAACCGCUUGAAGUGUGUCAAUAUCCAUUUUCUGCUAAGCAAAAAGAAGUUUGCAUUAAUCCCUACCAUUACAAGAGAGUGGAAAGUCCUGUACUUCCACCGGUACUUGUUCCACGACAUUCAGAAUAUGCUCCUGGACAUUCUCUUCUACCAUUUCAACAAUUAGCAGAGCCAACCAUGCCGCACAAUGUAUCUUAUUCAUCCAGUGGCUUUAACGCAAGUUCUACUGGUGGUGUAAAUCCAACAUCUCCUAUGUCUUCUGUCAGCUCUGUACCUAGUCCAGGAAGUUCUACUUCACCGAAUCCACAAAGUCCUUAUGGUACAAAUGGAUUACCAGAGACACCACCUCCGGCAUAUUCUCCUCCGGAAGAUGGCUCUCAACCAGGUCAAUCUCCUCAACCGGAUCCAGUCCCAAUGGACACAAGUGGUCCUGCUGAAGUAGCACCAGUGUGUUAUCAAGAACAACCAUUUUGGGCAUCUAUCGCAUAUUAUGAAUUAAAUUGUAGAGUAGGAGAAGUUUUUCAUUGUCAUUCUCAUUCUGUUAUAGUAGAUGGUUUUACGAAUCCAAGUAAUAACUCUGAUCGCUUUUGUUUGGGUCAGCUGUCCAAUGUAAAUCGAAAUUCUACUAUAGAAAAUACUAGAAGACACAUUGGAAAAGGAGUGCAUCUCUAUUAUGUUGGUGGAGAAGUUUAUGCAGAAUGUCUUUCAGAUUCAGCUAUAUUUGUUCAAUCUAGAAAUUGUAAUCAUCAUCAUGGUUUUCAUCCUAGUACAGUUUGUAAAAUUCCUCCUGGAUGCUCGCUUAAAAUAUUUAAUAAUCAAGAAUUUGCUCAAUUGUUGUCACAAAGUGUUAAUCAUGGCUUUGAAGCUGUUUAUGAGUUAACAAAAAUGUGUACAAUAAGAAUGUCUUUUGUAAAAGGAUGGGGUGCUGAGUAUCACCGACAAGAUGUUACAUCUACACCUUGUUGGAUAGAAGCACAUUUACAUGGACCUUUGCAAUGGUUGGAUAAGGUGCUAACACAAAUGGGUUCACCACAUAAUGCUAUAAGUUCUGUGUCAUAAAUCGUAUACAGGUUGAUAAUAUAAGCAGGAAGAACCACUAGUGGUAAUAGAUAAGUGAGUUUUAGUGCGGAAACAUAUAUUAUGUGGAUUAUACAAGAGAUAGUAUUUUCAGGAAAGUGGAUGGUUAGAGGUGUAAGUGUCAAAGAUGAUCAUUUAUUGUGACAUGUUUUAUUUCAGCAUAUUUAAUCCUUUACACUCGAAAAGCUACUCUCUAGGGACACUUGAUUUGAUGCAUUAAUUUGAGUGGUGACUAAGCAAUGACGAUAUUCGUUUAUACUAGAAUGUAUGAAUUGUGAUAGUGAUACUGCGGACGAAUAGACAAUGUCUGUAGUAUGUAAAAAAUUUGGUUUUUUUAAACAAAAAAAUUGUUUCGAUAAAAUUUGUUUAAAUGGAAAGCUUUUUGUUCUUUUAACAUAAAUUAAGAAAGAUUUCAAGAUAUGCUCUAAACGAAAUAAACCUUGUGGAAAACAUAAAAUCAAAUUUUAUUGCGAUGUGUUCUGCCAAAUUGAGUGUACAUUUUGAUAAUUAUUUUAGAAAAUACUGCACAAACAAGAAAUAUAGAGCAUAAUAUUUAACAAAUUGUUUCUUUUUAAGAUGUAAAGAUAUAUAAGAUAUUAAAAUAUAUUAUGUUUGUAUCAACUUCUUUUAAAUAAGCUGUAUGAGAUUUGUCAAAUAUUUGUAAAGUUGUCUUGAGUUGUUAGUUCGCUUUAGUAAAAAAGCUGUCGAGUGUAAAGGUUUAAAAAUGUUUAAGGAAUAUUUUAAAUAAAAUGAACAAUUAUAAGAAAUUAGAUAGAUAGAGAGUGAUUGUUGGUAUAUAAAAAUUUCCCAGAUAACGUGGUAUAUAUUCAGAGUUAUACCACAUUUUGGCUGUUAUACAUGGAAAUAAUUAUAGUAGAAAUAGGAUAUCUUAUAUACAUAUGAGGAAUAUUUUUCAAACCUAUUCAACAGUCAUAAUAUUUUAUUUUAUAUGGGAAUUGUUCUGAAGAUAUUGGCUAGUAGCAUAUUGCAAAUGCUUUCCUAGACGAUCUUAAGGGACAAUACAAGAAUGAUAUAAAAAUUGAAGUUUAAGCACAAGUUAUCUAUCGAGUGAUAGAAGAAAGUAAUUUCCUAAAUCAAUAGAAAUACCUAAUUUUUAGAACUAAAUAUGUUAACCUGAUUUUAAAUCAUUUUAAAUAAUGUAUAAUUAGAACUAUACAUGUAUAAAUAUAGAGGUAGAGAUUAAAAUCAGAAAUUCAUGUUUGGCUCUAAAAUUGGUGCCUAUCGUACGAAAGUUAUACAUUAAAAUUAUAAUACUCUAAUGUCCAGUCCUUUGAAGUAUAAUAUGCGUGCUUUAAAAUUACAACUUAUACCUAAACAAGGAUUAGAUUAUCCAAACUUAUCAUUAUAAUCAUAAUCAUGAAAUAAGAAUAAUUAAUUUUGUCAUUACUGAUAAUGAUAUAAUUGAUACUUCGGUAUUAAAUACUGGAUGCUGAUCUCACGUUGACAUUUGAAAGUUAACUGCAUCCAAUAAUCUCUUGAUAUUUUAAAUUAAGUAAUCCUGCUUUAAAGGAUUACUUUUUGUGCAAGCUUCCUUAACAUUUUAUGUAUGCCAUGCUAUGUUGAUCAUGUAUUGACCAUAACUUGAUAAUGAAUUAAAUAAUAUUUUUAAAAGUAAGAUUUCCCUUUACAAAGUAAUGAAGAAUGUAAUAAACAUAAAGAACUUUUUGUAUAGUUCAUUAAUCCUUAAAUGUUUAUUUAGUAAUUUUUUUUACAUAAGUUUAACCUUCUAGUUACGACAAGACUGCGUUGCUAGUACGGCGAUAUUUGCUAUCGUGUGUAUAUAAACGUAAAUAAAUUGUUAGAAAAGAAUGUUUAUAUCGAGAGAAACUUCUAUCAAAGCAAAGAAUGAUAUUUUCCAUUAUUUAUGCAAUGCACAUAACUUUUUAAGUAAUAAAAAUAAUAAGCGAGAUAAGCUUAAGAAUGGCUUGGUCGAAAGCUACUAUAGUGACGUUUGGUUCCACAGUAUGAUUUACAGAAGAACUUUAAUGGUUAACAUUAUGCAGUAUUUAUAUAAAUUUUAAGUAUAAAAUAUAUUCCUUGAGAUAACAAUAUAAUUUAACGUUAUAGCAAAAGUAUCUCUUGAAAUAAUGCAGUAUAGUUUGUGAUUAAUAAAAUGAAAGAAAUUACUUUUUAAAACAUUCUUCUUUUCU